UCUGCGGAGAAACGGACCUUUAAAUCGCCUUUCUCUGUUUUAAGCAAACUAUGGGCGCUUAAACUUUUCUUUCUCCCCCUCCCCCCCGCUCCCUCACCCCCCGCCCAUGGGGCUCACGCUGCGGAGCCGCCUGCACGGGGAGCAGCACACCAGCACCGCGCUGCUUCCCCGUCCCCUCCAUCGCAGCUGAUCCCUCUCCUCCUCCUCUAUCACCCCUUCUCUCUGUCCUCGGGCUUUUUGGCUGCCGGGAGCCGAGCCGCGCGUUGUUUGAUUUGAUCUGGCUUCUUUUGUUGUUGUCUAAAUGCCGCGCACCGCUUAUCUAGAGAGAGAGCUCUCCGGAGAUAGGGGCGGCCGGUGAAUGCGCGUGUUGCUGUAGGACUAUCGGAGGAGCGGAUCGGCAGCAGCCCAGAUCCUGACCCUGACUGUAUGAAUAAGUAAGCAGGAUGCUGACGAUGUGCGUUAGUUGCCUGUAAGGUUGUCGUAAGUUAAAGGGGGACGGAGAAGGGGGGGGGGUAGACCAGAGACAGAGCGCAGAGUAGGAGCGCGGCGGGGGAGGCCCUGACACUUGGCUCUGCCGCCUCCCAUCGCUCAGGCUGCGCGUUUUGCUGGAGCAGACCCCCCACCCCCGCUCCCUUUUUCUUCCCGUCCGUCCUUCUUUCUUUUCUCUUUCCCUCUCCCCGCGGCAGUUCGCUGAUGUACAGCCCGGAUUCAUCUUCCGGCAGCAGCAGCGGCGGCGGCAACAGCGGGACCGGGGGCGGCGGCGCGGCGGGGCGCGGGCCGGGUGCGGAGCGGGGCGCGGGCAGCGGCCGCCGCCGGGGCGGGAAGUUUGCCCGAGCUGCACCGAAGGCGGAGGGACGACCCGAGAGCCGGCACCUCCCGGCCUGAGCCCACCCCCGCACCCAGCCACCCACACGCCCGGCGGGGUGCGGGCAGGAGGGGCGGCGGAGCUCAUGCUGCCUGGGGCUACCUAAGGAGCAGCGGUUCUAGGUGCUGAAGGAAACAAACAAACAAGCAAACAAAGCCCCAGCCAACUCCAAACUUGCGGUUCCUCCAUCCCUUAUCCUCCUUUUCUCAAGCCGGCGGAGCCCCCCGCCUAAACUCCGCUGCGCUCCGCGCACCGCCUCUCCGCCCGAGGGAGGAUGAAAAUGGUCUGCUGGCGGCUGGCGCUGUGGCUGGCCGCCUGGGCUGUCUGUGGGAAGCCGUCCUCCUGCUCUGCCCUCGAUUAUGACUACACUUACGAUUUCACUGAAGAGGAUAAAGCCGAGGCGAUAGAUUAUAAGGAUCCCUGCAAAGCCGCUGUCUUUUGGGGAGAUAUUGCCUUAGAUGAUGAAGACUUAAAAAUCUUUCAGAUUGACAGGACAAUUGACCUUACGCAGCACUCCAAUGAAAGACUUGGCCAUAACACAGGUGGCUUUGGAGAGCAUGGGAUGUCAAAAAAACGAGGUGCCCUCUAUCAGCUUAUAGAAAGGAUAAGAAGAUUUGGCUCUGGCUUUGAGCAAAAUAGUACUUCUAAAGGAAGAACCACAGUUAAAUUCUCAGGGAAAAGUGAGAAGAACAGAUUUCCCAGAGCUGCUACAUCACGAACAGAAAGAAUAUGGCCAGGGGGUGUCAUUCCAUAUGUAAUAGGUGGAAAUUUCACUGGUACCCAGCGUGCCAUGUUCAAACAAGCCAUGCGACACUGGGAAAAGCACACUUGUGUGACAUUUAUUGAAAGAAGUGAUGAAGAAAGUUACAUUGUAUUUACAUACCGACCAUGUGGGUGCUGUUCUUAUGUGGGUCGAAGAGGAAAUGGUCCUCAAGCUAUAUCUAUUGGCAAGAACUGUGACAAAUUUGGCAUAGUUGUCCAUGAACUGGGUCAUGUGAUAGGUUUUUGGCAUGAACAUACACGACCAGACCGAGAUGACCAUGUCACCAUCAUUAGAGAAAACAUCCAACCAGGUCAGGAAUACAACUUCUUGAAGAUGGAGCCUGGGGAGGUGAAUUCCCUUGGGGAACCAUAUGACUUUGACAGCAUCAUGCACUAUGCCAGGAACACCUUCUCAAGGGGCAUGUUUCUGGAUACCAUUCUCCCUUCCCGUGAUGAUAAUGGUAUACGACCUGCUAUUGGCCAACGUACCCGUCUAAGUAAAGGAGAUAUUGCACAGGCAAGAAAGCUGUAUAGAUGUCCAGCGUGUGGAGAAACACUGCAGGAAUCUACAGGCAACUUUUCUUCUCCAGGAUUUCCAAACGGUUAUCCUUCCUACACACACUGCAUAUGGCGAAUCUCUGUGACUCCAGGGGAAAAGAUUGUUUUAAACUUCACCACAAUGGACCUGUACAAGAGCAGUCUCUGUUGGUAUGACUACAUUGAAGUAAGAGAUGGCUACUGGAGAAAAUCACCUCUGCUUGGCAGGUUUUGUGGUGACAAACUGCCAGAAGUCCUCGCGUCCUCUGACAGCAGGAUGUGGAUUGAGUUCCGUAGCAGCAGCAACUGGGUUGGAAAAGGCUUUGCAGCAGUUUAUGAAGCAAUCUGUGGAGGUGAAAUCCACAAAAACGAAGGCCAGAUCCAGUCUCCCAAUUACCCUGAUGACUACAGACCAAUGAAGGAAUGCGUGUGGAAAAUAACAGUGUCUGAAAACUACAAUGUAGGAUUAACCUUUCAAGCAUUUGAGAUUGAAAGACAUGACAAUUGUGCAUACGACUACUUGGAAAUUCGAGAUGGAAUGAAUGAGAACAGCCCUUUGAUUGGUCACUUCUGUGGCUAUGACAAGCCAGAAGACAUUAGAUCUACCUCUAAUACUCUGUGGAUGAAGUUUGUUUCUGAUGGAACAGUUAACAAAGCAGGAUUUGCAGCUAACUUUUUUAAAGAGGAAGAUGAAUGUGCCAAACCUGACAAUGGUGGCUGUGAGCAGCGCUGUGUUAACACUCUGGGCAGUUACCAGUGCGCCUGCGAUCCUGGCUAUGAACUUGGUCCUGACAAAAAGAGCUGUGAAGCUGCUUGUGGAGGACUUCUGACAAAGCUAAAUGGGACUAUAACCACACCAGGGUGGCCCAAAGAAUAUCCUCCAAACAAAAACUGUGUGUGGCAGGUGGUUGCCCCAACGCAGUACCGAAUUUCAAUGAAGUUUGAGUUUUUUGAGUUAGAAGGCAAUGAAGUGUGCAAAUAUGAUUAUGUGGAGAUUCGCAGUGGUCUUUCUUCUGAUUCUAAACUACAUGGUAAAUUCUGUGGUACGGAAGUGCCUGAAGUUAUCACCUCACAGUACAACAACAUGCGAAUUGAGUUCAGGUCUGACAAUACCGUGUCAAAAAAAGGCUUCAAGGCACACUUCUUUUCAGACAAGAAAACUACCUGCAAAGAGAAAAUUUUUGUUUUCGAAUCUUGCAAGGACUUGAUACAGGUCCCUUCAGGCCGAGUACGUAUUAUUCACAGACUGGUGGCCUCUGAGGGUCUCAGAGACAAGGAUGAGUGCUCGAAGGACAAUGGCGGUUGCCAGCAUGAAUGUAUCAACACAGUAGGAAGCUAUGUUUGCCAGUGCCGGAAUGGAUUUGUGCUACAUGAAAACAAGCAUGACUGCAAGGAGGCUGAGUGUGAACAGAAGAUCCACAGUCCCAAUGGCAUCAUUACGAGUCCCAACUGGCCUGACAAGUAUCCCAGCAGAAAAGAGUGCACCUGGGAAAUCAGUGCCACACCUGGGCAGAGGGUCAAAUUGACUUUCAAUGAAUUUGAGAUAGAACAACAUCAAGAAUGUGCCUAUGACCACUUGGAAGUGUUUGAUGGUGAAAGUGAAAAAUCACCAAUUCUGGGACGCUUAUGUGGCAGUAAGAUACCAGAGCCUCUUAUUGCUACUGGAAACAAAAUGUUUCUCCGCUUUAUUUCUGAUGCAUCAGUUCAAAGGAAAGGCUUCCAAGCAACACACUCUACAGAGUGUGGUGGUCGGUUGAAAGCUGAAACCAAGCCCAAAGACCUGUACUCACAUGCUCAGUUUGGUGAUAACAACUAUCCGGUUCAGGCAGACUGUGACUGGCUCCUGGUGGCAGAGCGUGGCUAUCGAGUUGAAUUAAUAUUCCAGACUUUUGAGGUUGAAGAAGAGGCAGACUGUGGUUAUGAUUACGUGGAGCUCUUUGAUGGUCAUGAUAAGACAGCUAUGAGACUUGGUCGAUUUUGUGGUUCUGGGCCACCAGAAGAAAUCUAUUCAGCAGGGGAAUAUCUUUUACUUCACUUCCACACCGAUGAUACAAUCAACAAGAAAGGAUUCCAUAUACGAUACAGAAGUAUAAAAUAUCCGGACAGUGUGCGCACCAAAAAAUAACACAAGAACCUCUAUUCAAGAGAAGGAGAGUGCGACAAAAAGGAAUGCACAGUGGAAAGGAAGUCAUGUCUUUUUUAUUUAACUGAAGUUAUUAGCACAAAUGUUUUAUAUGAGUCCAAUUGAAAUGAUGACUUCUAAGACAAGAGACAAAAAACAAACAGACAAAAAUUUAAAAACACUUACCUAUCCCAGUGGAAUACACAUGAUGGUGAUGUGCAGGCUCCAUACUUGACUGUCUCUGCAAAGAUGGUGAAAGGACUUUGCACGCUUCCAGGAGAAUAUGAAAGCUUUUGUCCAUGGUUUGACAUUUGUCAUAGAUGAGUGAACAUUCAAUCAGUUAUGUUCAGGUGAGGUGACCCUACAAAACGUUCUUCCUUCUGACAGUUGUAUGGUGUCCAGGAGAAAAGCAGAAAAAACUCUUUCAGGUCACGCUCGUAAAAUACUGUCCUUAUAUCUACUUGCUUUAACUUUGUAUCCUGCAGACAAUGUGUAUAAGGACUUGAAAGAAGAUAUGAAAUUGAAAGGUUUUCUGCAUUGUUCUGUAUUUUUUACCUGUUCAUCUAUCGUAUCAGGUUAUCAGCAUUUUGAAACUGGAAAAUCUUACUUCUGAAACAUAGUAUUUUGUUUUACUUAUGACUGAGGAGUCUGAACUGUCACAUUGGUCAUCAUUAGCUUGAUUAACUGAAUUUGAACAGUGUAAGCAUCUGAAAAUGUUAGGUUUACUGGUUAAGUAAGCUGUGUCUGAUGAUGUGCUCUUAUUUUGCACUGAACGUAGAAUAUAGACAGAUGAAAACCUUUCAUCAAAUCUGUAUCCAUGAGAUAUAGUUUUGUCUGAAACUUCUACUGAAUUUGUUUUCAACAGUAUACUUGGAGCCACUGCAAAGCUUUAUUUCAUUGGACCUCUUUAUUACUGAGCUAAUUGUCUUGUUUAGCUAAUCAGAAAUGAAGCUACAGUAGUAUCCAAGUGGGAGGUUUCCUUAAGAUUUUUUUUUUUCUCUGAAAGGAAGAGUAUCUGUGAUGAUGAAAAAAGCAAAUCAAAACAGUGGAUACUGGCUUUGUUUCUUACCAAGUGUGAAUUCUUAUGGUGCUAUUCUGUGAACAUUAAAAACAGCAACAAAAAUAACCAACAAGAAGUUUUGGACUUUUGAGCCAACAGCUUGCAAGAUCAUGAAUGUCUCACUAUGCCUGGCUGAAUCCAGAAAAGGAAGUCUUUGCUGCUCUGAGGGAGGGCAGGUUGCAAUGGCAGCACUAGUCCUGUGGAACAAAUACUACUAUUGCCUUAGAAUCCUCGCACACUAUCAGACAGAUCUUCCUGUGGAUACACCUCUAAUUUGAUAAAUAAUGACUUGGACAUUUUAGCAUAUGCUAAUAGAAGGAUCUUCAAGCAAAAUCCCCAUCUGCAGAAUGAGAUCAUCUGCCUGUAAAUACACAGCGACUUGCUUUUGAUGUAGAGAUAUGUUAUGUUUAGAACUGAAGUAUUCUAUGUGCUUUAGGCCAUACAUGGCUUUAGUCUUAAUGUAUAUGCUUUAUGUAAGUAUUGUAUGUAUGACUGCUUCAGGGGAGUGAGAGGUAUUGUAUGGAUGAACACUGAAUUGUUUCUUUAUGUGCCAAGUUCUACCAGGACCCCAUUUGACUGUAGCAACUUUUCUUUAAAGGCUUCAUAAAGAGAUAACGGGACUUCUAGCUGGCAAGAACCAAGUUAAAAGUAUUAUGUUUCACUCUACAAGAAAUACUAUUUUGAUAUCCUUUCUUGUAAGUUGCUACUCAGAUUAGCUUAGUUUCUGUUACCUUAUUAUGACCAUACAUUGGCACUAAUAAAUCUGAUCUUUUUUUAUAAAAAUAAAAAACCAAAUGUCUGUA